AUGGAUCGGUUCAGAGUCCCCCGCACCAAGGAACUGGAAUUUGGGGGUGUCCUAGGGGCUGCUCUCCUCGUCGCCGUCAUGCCUGCCACCGUUUUCUACCUGCUGCUAACCUGCAAGUCCGAGCCAGCCAGCCUUCUCAACGUGCCCCUGCCUUUGCCAACCUUCCGCUCUUUGUGGAGCCCCCAGGACUUUGUGCUGGUCUUGGCCUGGAUUGGGCUGCAAGCCGUGUUGUACAUGCUACCAAUGGGGAAGGUCACUGAGGGGAUUGCCCUUCGAGACAAGACUCGGCUGCAGUACCGUAUCAACGGGUCGCACGCCAUGUUGGUCACCGCGCUGGUCUUGGGGGCCGGGCUGGCCGCAGGGUUGCGCCUCAGUUACGUCUACGACCAUUUCCUGCAGCUCGCCUUCUCGGCAUCUCUCCUCGCCUUCGGCCUCAGCGUCCUUCUCUAUCUCAAGGCUCUGCUUGCUCCAGAGACAGCCAUGGCUCCAGGCGGGAAUUCAGGAAACCCUAUUUACGAUUUCUUCAUGGGUCACGAGUUGAACCCGCGCAUUGGUGCUUUUGACCUCAAGUUCUUCUGUGAGCUGCGCCCAGGCCUCCUUGGAUGGGCCGUGAUCAACAUGGCCAUGUUAGUGAAGGAAACGGAGCUGAGGGGCAGCCCUUCCUUGGCGAUGAUCCUGGUGAAUGCCUUCCAACUUCUCUACGUGGUGGACGCCUUCUGGCAUGAGGAAGCCAUCCUAACCACCAUGGAUAUAGUCCACGACGGCUUCGGCUUCAUGCUAGCUUUCGGAGACCUGACGUGGGUUCCGUUCUUGUACAGCCUGCAGACUUACUUCCUGGUAACCCACCCACAGAAGCUGAGCCUGCUCGUGGCUGCGGGGAUCAUUCUGCUAAACGGGCUAGGCUAUUCCAUCUUCCGUGGGGCGAACUCCCAGAAGAACACCUUCCGCCGGAAUCCUGCCGACCCCAAAGUAGCUGGACUCCGGACCAUCCCCACGGCCACAGGACGGCGCCUGCUGGUGUCAGGGUGGUGGGGCUUCGUCCGGCACCCCAACUACUUAGGGGACCUCAUCAUGGCGUUCGCGUGGUCCUUACCGUGCGGCCUCAGCCACAUCCUGCCUUAUUUCUACGUCCUCUACUUCACCUUGCUCCUGGUUCAUCGGGAGGCCAGGGACGAACACCAGUGCUUGAGGAAAUACGGCCUCGCCUGGCAGGAAUAUUGCCGGCGCGUCCCGUACCGGAUCUUCCCGUACAUCUACUGAGAUGCCGUUCGGACGCUCGGCU